AUGCGUGUCCACGUUUUUGGCAACAGCCCCUCACCGGCUGUCGCCACAUAUGGUCUCCGAAGAGCUGCCAACGAAGAAGAAACAACCUAUGGCAACGACGCUCGCAAGUUCAUCGAACGUGACUUCUACGUAGACGACGGGGUGAAGUCGUUCCCUACAGAAGCAGAAGCCAUCAGCAUCCUCAAUCGUGCCCAGGAGAUGCUCGCAGUAUCAAACCUCAGGCUGCACAAGGUCAUAUCGAACAGAGCUGCAGUCAUUGAAUCAUUUCCUCCUGAAGAUCGAGGAAAGGACAUCAAGGAUCUCAACCUGUUCGCCGAUGAUCUCCCUCUUCAGCGCAGUCUUGGUGUGUCCUGGAAUAUUGCUACAGAUACGCUAACAUUCCAGUGCUCCGCGGAGAAGAAGCCCUACACUCGCAGAGGAGUGUUAUCAACAGUCAACAGUCUUUAUGAUCCAUUAGGUUUCCUUGCUCCAGUCACAAUUCAAGGCAGGUUGUUGCUCAGGGAGCUCUCCAAGCAAGUUGAUGAUUGGGAUUCUCCUCUCCCCCAAGACAUGGAGGCGGAGUGGAUCAAGUGGAGGGACUCGCUUCAGGACCUACAGAAGCUACAGAUUCCACGCCCCUACACCACAUUCACAAAGCUGAGCACGCUACAAAGGGAGCUUUGCCUGUUCUCAGAUGCAUCAGUCAAAGCCAUUGCCGCAGUGGCCUAUUUGAGGGUCACCACCGAAGAUGGAAUAACGGAGGUGGGCUUCAUCUUUGGAAAAGCAAAGCUGGCAACCCAGCCAGACCUCACUAUUCCAAGACUGGAAUUGUGUGCAGCGGUCCUGGCCGUCGAAAUCGCAGAGAUGAUUGUCAAGGAGAUGGACGUCUUUUCAUCACCUCAUCAGUGGAGGUUUGUUCCCACGGACGACAACCCAGCUGACCCCGGAUCACGAUCUGUCCCAGCAGCUCUACUCCGCACUACCACCUGGCUGUCGGGACCAACGUUCCUCAGGAAGUCACGUACCUGCAAUGCCUUACCUCAAGAGACUUUUGAGGUAAUUGAGCCAGAUCUAGAUAGUGAGAUCCGACCUCUCGCAACUAACACCACACAGGUCCUUACCGUGCUGAAUCCCUCAAGAAUCGAGCGUUUCUCCAAGUGGAGCACCCUGGUCCGUGCAGUGGCAUGCUUAAUCCACGUUGCUCAAACCUUCUCUAAGCCUAACAAAGGCGACAGCUGCCAAGGUUGGCACAUUUGUCAUUCAGGUCCUACUGUAGAAGAGUUGCAGAAGGCAGAGGCGCUCAUCAUAAAGGGCGUCCAACAACAGUGUUAUUCGCAAGAGUUGGAGUGCUCCAUUGCAGCAGGUAACCUCCCCCCACACAGCCCUUUGUGCAAGCUGCGUCCAAUAUUGUGUGGCAGUGGAUUGCUACGAGUGGGAGGCCGCAUCACUCAGGCAAAGCUUGGAGUAGGGGAAACCAGCCCAGUAAUCAUCCCAGGACGCCAUCAUCUGGCUACUCUACUUGUGGGACGCUAUCAUGAAGCUGUGAAACAUCAAGGUAGACACUUCACUGAGGGUGCUGUGAGACAGGCCGGUUACUGGUUGGUUGGAGCGAAGAGGUGCAUCAGUGGUUUCCUCUUCAGGUGCAUCAUCUACAGGAAACUCCGUGGUAAGAAUGAGUACCAGCAGAUGGCCGACCUUCCAGCAGAGCGACUACAAGUGGCACCACCCUUCACUUACGUGGGUGUCGACGUGUUUGGCCCUUGGGAGGUGGUGUCACGGCGGACCAGAGGAGGACACAGCAACAGCAAGAGAUGGGCUGUGUUGUUCUCCUGCAUAUGUACCAGAGCUGUGCACAUCGAAGUGAGAGAGAGCAUGAGUGCUAGCAGCUUUAUCAAUGCCCUGAGGAGGUUUUUUGCCAUCAGAGGGCCAGCAAAGCAGAUACGAUCAGACUGUGGCACUAACUUUGUUGGCGCCAGCCACGAGUUGAAGAUGGGUGAUUCAAGCACCAGCUCCAACAGUGUAGAGAAAUACCUCCAGUAUCAGAAGUAUACAUGGGUAUUCAAUCCGCCCCAUUCCUCCCAUAUGGGUGGUGCGUGGGAGCGGAUGAUCGGUGUCGCCCGUCGUAUCAUCGACUACAUGUUUCUCCAGAAUGGAGCAGCCCGUCUCACACAUGAGGUCUUAACGACAUUUAUGGCAGAGGUCACAGCCGUGAUUAAUGCAAGACCCCUCAUCCCUGUGUCUUCGGACCCGGAGUCACCUUUCAUCCUGACUCCAGCUACACUCUUGACUCAGAAGACAGGCGUACCCCUUCCUCCUCCUGGUGACUUUGGGAAAGGAGUUCUUCUCAAAGAAGAGUGGAAGCGCGUUCAGAGCCUAGCGGAAGUCUUUUGGAGCAGAUGGCGUCGGGAGUAUCUUGUUACUCUGCAAACCCGACGCAAGUGGUUGGACACAAGGCAAAAUCUUAAAGAAGGAGACAUCGUCCUCCUGAAGGACAAACAGGCCAGAAGAAACGAGUGGCCCAUGGCAAUCAUCUCAAAGACUUUUCCAAGUCAGGAUGGGAAGGUUCGGAGAGUGGAAAUCAGAAUCUCCAAGGAUGGAGGCCAGAAGCUCUACGUCCGCACAAUCACUGAAGUGGUUCUCCUCCUGUCUCCCGAGGACUCUGGGGGUUCAAUGGGAGAUUUGCAUGGGGUCUGGGAGACCCCAGGCGGGGAGUGUGCUGGACCGCUUUCUGUUUACAGAUAUUAA